UUCAUUUUUGCAGCAAAGUUAUUAAUUAAUUAUCGGAUAUAAGUUCGCAGUUGUUUGUGUAGCUUCUUCUUAAAGCUUUUCACUGAGAGUUUAAAGAGGCCAUAAAGUUUUACAGCAUCUCAGCAUCCGGUUUCUUUGUGUUGGUCGCAGACUAAAGACAGAAAGAGACAAAAAAAGACGGAAUUCUCUAAAACAACAGAAGCCGGGUGAUUUCAACAGCUCAGAAAAUAGUUAUGUGCUGCGUUACUGUGCAGAAAUAUAUUAUGAUUAUUACUGGAGUCGUGCAAGAGACCGAGAAGGAGCUGUAAAUGUGUAAUCAGGCGCCCAAAGCUUAUAAAACCUAAAUCCGUCGCCUGAUUUGAAUCGAAGGAGAUUUUAAUAAAUAAAUCUUGUGCAGCAAGGCCUCUGCCUGCAGAAGCACCGAAGAUUUGUUUUUAUUUUUUUUACCUGAAAUAAUAUAAAAACACGGCAGAUGAGACAGAAACUCACAGGCCAGCAGAGGAAAAUAAAUACAGCUUUUAAUUAUAGGCCUAAUUACAUUUAUGAUUAUUGAACCACAUUUAGAUUAAACAGAAGGUAGGCUUUUACUUAACGUGAAAACUUUUCUGAAGUAUUUUUUAUCCAAAUUAAACAUUUUAAAGAAAACGAAAGUCACUUUGUGGGAGUUUCCGUCCUAAAACAAAUCAAAGCGGAGGAUGGAUGGUUGCAUUUAAAGAAUUUAUGGUUUUAUUGCGUCUAUAAAUGUCGGAAAUCCUCCUUGUUGGUGGAAACAACCAGAUGUUUACUGAAAAAAGGAGCGUUUUAAACAAACCAAAACGGAAAUAAUACAUUAGAAAUAAUUAAAAAUAAAGCUAGGAAUAAGUUUAUUCAUAAUUAAUUUGGCUUUGAACGACUCCAAGACGGGAGUUUAAUUUUCUCCUGAUCAUCUUAAUAGAAAAGUUGGCGAAGAAUGUGCCGCGUAAAGUUUUUGUGACCUUAAAAUCCCCCUCAGGACUGCGAGCACCAUUUCCAUCUUUGGCCUGUAUGGUCAAAGCCAAAUUGAUCUGCGGUGACUGAAGGGAAGUCCUCCAUUUUGAGAGACCCUAAUAGUCUUUAGUGCACAAAUCUUUUUUUAGCCUGGAACCAUUUUAUUUAAGCAGCAAAGAGGAUCCAUCAUGCGCGUUGGAGGUGUAAAGAUUACGCGAUUAUUUAGGUGCGUAUUGAAGGUGAAAUGUAAAGAAAUGGAUCCCUCAGGGUUUAAUAUUUAGGUAGACUGGAGCACAAGUCGUCUAAUCUUCUCUGAUUAAAGCUCUUAAAUAACUGGAUAACGCUACAGCAGUGAUUAGAGAACAAUUAGAAGCUGUACAGACCUGUUUAGUUAGAAACCAGCAGCUGGAACAGAACCAAGUGCACAUCUCAACCUCACUAAAUACUCCCACAUUCCCACAUCUUUACACUUUUCCCUUUUUGUCCUGCAUCAAAUUCACACAUCUCAGGCCUUGGAGAAAAUAAAGAUGGCGAUGAGAAAGCAUGUCUAAAGCACAAAAACGGCUGCUGUUUAUGAAAAUUUACAACUUUGCCAUGGAAGUUUACGACUCGCCGGGCUCCGGGAUUGGUCGCUGGCGGUCAUGUGGACAGCAGGAAUGGGAACUUAUUUCCCAUGAGGUUAUAUUGCAGCUGCUGUUUUCCACCGCUCAUUCACUUAACACUAGUAACACAACCUUUUUCUUGGCUCUUUGUUUAUGCAAUACGCGGUGUUGUUGUGAGGCGCCGUGAACGUGCGUCAUUUUCACCAAAAAAAUGGGCGAUGGAGCCUCCGCGCGACGGCGUGCGCCAUGUUAAUGUGGCUGUACUUGUGUAGCUAUAUGUUCGUGAAAAUGAGGGAUCAUCACACUCCUGGAUGGUGGGAUUACUUUCAUGAAAUCACUUGAGCAAAAGUGGGACAUUUUGGGGGAGAAACAGACUUGAGAGGAAGGUGAGAGGAGUCUUCUGCGGAGUGGCACCCACACAGGAUAUGAUGGAUUAUCAACAAAGCUGCAGAUCGUUGGAGAAUAUGACAUCUGUGAAAGUUGCAGGACAGGCCCUUGAAUGUGGGGCAUUGUUCGGCACAUCAUUUAUCUUCUUUUCACUGCACUCCGCUUGUGCCUGUAUGGUCGAGGAGGAGUUUUAGCUUUCAAGGGAAAUGUGAGGAGCAUCGCAACAAACAGACUUCAGGCGGACUGGACGGAGAAUCUGUGGCUGGAGAAGAUGAAACCUAGAGAGAGAAGCCAGAAGCUGCAGGGCUCUCUGGAAACCUGCCAUGUGACAUUUGGCUGCCAGCGCUCCGUCAGAAGGUCAAAGGGGGCCCCGGUGCACAUUUAAUGGAAAUGCAGAGAACCAGUGCGACACAAAACAUCCAGCAUCACGACUUCUUCUUCGGCGAGUCUCUGGAGGAUGUCAGCGGGUUCGGGUGCGCAGCCGCACACCAGCAGUUGGCGCAAGUGGAGACGUUUGAGCGCCGGAGGUCAAAGCAGCAACAGAUCCCCAAGUUCCCUUUGAGCAAAAAGAUUUUCCCCUGGAUGAAAGAGUCCAGACCCUCGAAUCAGAAACACGGCAGGAGGAUCGCAGACUGCACCGUCAACGAGAAGUGUCCGAGCGCGACCCCGGCCUCCAAGAGGACGCGCACCGCGUACACGAGCGCGCAACUGGUGGAGCUGGAGAAGGAGUUCCACUUCAGCCGCUACCUGUGCAGGCCGCGGCGGGUGGAGAUGGCCAGCCUGCUCAACCUCCACGAGAGGCAGAUCAAGAUCUGGUUCCAGAACCGGCGGAUGAAGCAGAAGAAGGACGAGAGAGUGCAGGGCCUCACUGCUACCAACACCACCACCACCACCACCUCCUCCUCCUCACCCCCGUCCUCCCCCUCCGCCUCGGGCAGCCCCACUCUAUCGAGCCUGGGUUAUGUCCAUCUGGGCGGGGAUUACCAACCGGCCUCUCCUCCGCUCAAGUCUCAACAACACCAGUCCCAGCCGGCGUACCCGGCAGAAUACUCCAAAUAUCCAGCUCCAAGCUUUACGCACGGCCCUCAGUUCAAUGCGCAGUACGACACGCACACCACCUCGCGCACAACAGACUCAAAUGUGGAUGUUAACGGGUCAUAUUUCCCGCAGAGCUGCACUCAGGACAGAAUCAUGCAAGCUCCGAAACUGACUCAUCUGUAGCAGAAACAUUUGAAACCCUCGACUCCACCGAUCCGUCUUGUGCAUGUAUUUAUUAUUAUUUAUUUAUUAGACUAAUUAAUCUAAACAUUAGUCUCAAGUCUUAUUUAUUUAAGUUUAAUCACUUUCUAUCAGUUGUUGUGUUAACUUUUACGCAUGGGCCUCCUCUAAAUAUUUUCCCAGAGACACUCAGCCCUGUGUAUCUUCCAUUUAAAUGUUCGCUGCUGUUAAUUCAGCUACAUAAAUAAAAGCAGUUUGUUGAGAUUUCA